GCAGACGAGUGGCAGCGGGGAGUCAGCAGCAGCCACGCGGCAGCAGCCGCGAUGGCCUCGGCGCUCGUCGAGACGGGCCCCGUGGAUGCGGCGCUCCUCUCGUUCGCCUUCAACCUCACGCCCUGCAACUCGAGCGGCCGCGACCUCGGCUCGGCCGCGGCCGGCUUCGGCGUCGCGACGGCCGCCGGCGGUGCCCGCGGCGGCUCGGGCGAGCGCUGCGUAGCCGGGCGGGGUGACCGCCCGGCCUCGUGCGGGAACUCAGCCGCGGGCGUCGUCGGCGUCGGUGACGACGACUCGGCCGCCGCCGCCGCCGCCGCUGCAGGCGGCAGCCGCCACGACCCCCUUCACGCCGCCAGCCUGGCCCUCUCGUGCCUCUACGCGGUGUUUCUAUUCCCGGUGGGCGUCGUGGGCAACUCGCUCAUCAUGGCCGUGAACGUGCGCGCACGUGAGCGCGGCCGCCUGCGACGCAAGCUCAGCGUGCCCGAUCUCUACUUCGUGAACCUGGCCGCCGCCGACCUCAUCCUGGUGCUCGGCUCGCCCAUCGAGGUGUUCAACGUGCACACGGGCUACUACGACGCGCCGCUGCUGUGCGCCGGCGUCGCGCUGUGCCUGCAGGUGAGCCUCUACAGCAGCGUCUUCUUCCUCACCUGGAUGAGCGUCGACAGGUGCGUGGCGCUCUCGGCGUGCGGGGGCCGCGCGGGACGCGCCCCGAUCCGCCGCUCGCAGACGGCGCGGGUGGCGUGCGCGCUGAUUUGGGUCGCGUCGGCGCUCGCCACCUUCCUGCCGCUCGCCGCGUCGCAGCUGCGAUGGCGUCAGGACCUGGACGCCAACGACGGCGGCGGCGGCGGCAACGAGAGCGCCAGCAGCGAGCCGAGGUUCUGCUUCGCCGAGAGUUCCGCGUCGCGCUGGCUCGAGGUGACCCUCGGCUUCGCGGUGCCCUUCGCAAUCAUGGCCGCGUGCUACGCGCUCAUUGCUCGCGCCCUGCGCGGUGCCCGCGACCCAAUCCUGCAGGGCGGGCGCCCCUCGCUGCCGCGCAGGAGGCACCGCAAGGCGCUGCGCAUGAUCGUCGCCGUCGUGGUCGUCUUCUUCGUGUGCUGGCUGCCCGAGAACGCCGUCGUGUUCGUGUCGCUCCUGGACGAGACGGGAGUGACGGCCACGGGUCGCGACCCGCGGUACGCGCGCUACUACCCGCUGCUGCGGCACGCCGUCAACCUCAUGGCCUUCUCCAACAGCUGUCUCAACCCCGUGGUGUACGGCUUCCUCGGGGAGACCUUCCGGCACAAGCUGCGCGAGAGGAAGAAGCUGCUCGUGGACACGUGCUCGUCCAAGAGGAGGAGGAUGGGCGCAGGAGGAGGAAGAAGAAGAGGUGGUGGGGGACACCCCGUCGGACACAUCUCGCGCUCGGAGCGGCAACUGUACACUGUGCAGGCGCGUCAAGACCAUCUUGGUCACCAGCAGCAGCAGCAGCAUCAUCAGCAGCUGAAACUCCAGCAGCAGCAAUGUCUCGUAGCUCCAUCGGAGACCCUGGGAGCACCCGCCGUCAUCGCGAUCCCGUUGCGAAUCGGUGUCAUGGAUGUUGAUAAAGGAUAAGCGUCCCUCGAGAGGAGAUGGCCAAUGUCAGCUGCGCUCGGAUGCGCCGCUUGCAAUCGGAGCGUCACCAUCGUCUGCGGCAAUGACAGCGAUGACCGUCGUCUAUCCGGGCUUGACAGAUGCUGCUGCUGCUACAAGCUGCUGCUGUUGGGCUCUUCUCUAGAGACGAAAGUGAACUGGUCGCUUCAAAAUAAAGAGGGCUUCUAAUGCUGCCAUUUCUUUCCAGAAGGAGGCCAGUCGGCCGAAACGUCGAGAUCUUCAUUGAUGCCGAGUGACAGUAUUAGACGCCAGCUAUUACUUUUUUUUAUUUCGGCUGUUACCUAAUUUACGAGUUCAUUAGAGUGGCAAUUUGAUAAUGUACUCAAAAGACACGCCGACUCAAUCGUUUGAAGCGUAUGAAAAAAACUAUUAUCUCGCGGAUUGAAUUUGUUAAUUUAUUCAUUAAUUCAUUGAUUCGCACGCGCGUAAUGUCAUGCAUUAUCUUGCCAUGUGGGAUGUUGUGCUCGCCCUAUAUGGGGAUUCAGAAAUCCCUAUACACAGUCAUCACCGAUUACCUACCACCACCCCCCUCGUCAAUGCAUCGUUCCUAUAUUACGAUCUUUAUACAGCAUGAGCACAACUCCUGUUAGUGUCCGCACACAUGAAUAACGUCAACGUUUAGUAUAUCGCUCUCGUGGAUUUCCAGACCAGUGUUUAUAUAUAUGGCAGCAUUUGCAUAAGCAAACGAACGGUUUCGACAUGUUGGGUUUCAUCAGCAGUCAGUCGUGUUCAUCAAGCACUGCUGUAACCAGGGCUGUAACAAUUCAAUGAAUUGUCAUGAUUCGGGUGUUGAUUCGACUUGAGAAUCAAUAAUUGUGUUUUUUUAACAACACAGCAUUGUGGUGGAUUGUAGUAACGCCUCUAGUGGUCGCGGACUAACUGCAUACAACAUAUACGAAUAUAAAAUACUCUACUGUAAUCAAUUUGCACGUGUGGAAUUUGAUGGAUUUAUAUUCAGCCUAAGAAUAUGGUUUCAUCAAUGCAUGCUUACAUCCUUAUUCUUUCCCGCAAACAAUAACAAUGGCAAUAUUCUACGCAGGAGAGCAUCCAUCAGGCUAAACACCCUUUUUCUUUUUGCAAGGGUGUCGCUGCUACAUUGGGCUGUUUGGCCCAUUCCAUUAGUAACGAGAGCGUGGCAUCGUGUGGGAGGAAACUGGAGCACCGGGAGAAACCCCACUGCGCAUAUAGACCACGGGGUGACACGAAGCACAAACUAUCGCCUGUCCACCUCCCCAGGCUAACGCCUACAACAGCUGGAAGGCGCUGGUGGUUCAACUCAUGCGAGAACUAUUACCAGGCUCACUAACCCCUGCUUAACCUGGUCGACAGCCGACGAGAUCGUGUUGAUUGUGGCUGAAUUGAUCACAGUCAAUAUCAAUAAAACCAUUGCUGGUCA